AUGGGUACAUUUUCUGGUUAUUCAUCAAAUAUUUUAACAAUUAAAAAUUUUCCAUUGUUAUUCAAUGAUAAUGAUCGAAGAGAGUUUUUAGAACACUUCGGUGCUGUUCGUGUACAUUGUUUAACUCGAUUAAAAAGUAUGUCCAAUAUUAUUAUUGCUGAUUUCGGGGUACAUACACAAGCAUCUCAAGCUCUUUCACGUUUACAUCAACUUGAAAUACUUGGUCGUCGAUUAAUUGUAGAAUAUUGUUUAUUAGAACUAGCUUAUUUAGCAUUUUCUACUUCGUCACCUUUAAAUAUUGAUAUUGACAAUAGUUUAUUACAUGGCAUUUCACCAGGUAAAAAUCAACUUCGAUAUUCAUUACCAUCAGAUAGAUUGUCAUAUACUUAUCCACCUAUUGAUGAAACAAUAUUAAAAAAUAUUAAUAAUGCUCUAUUGUCGAUACCUGCUUUUUAUACUCAAGUUCUUCAUCUUAUGAAUAAAAUGUCACUUCCAUGUCCUAUGAUUGUUGAUUCAAAUAAAAAUCAUCGAACUUUAUCAACUAAUACUGUAGCAUGUCAAACGAAUGAAUCUUCUGAAGUAGUUAAUAUGGAUACAGAUGAUGAUGAAAGUGAAAUAGAUGAUGGUGAAGAAGAAGAACGAGUAAAACAACAUCGUCGAUCAAUUUUACGAGCAGCAAUUCAUCAAACAACAGUAUCAGCAACACAAAUGGAUGUCACAAUGGAUGUUAAAACUAAGAAAAAAUCAACAAUCAAACUUAUAUUACCUCAAACACUUGACCGUUCUCGUAAAGAGGAUAAUCAUGCAACAUUAACAGAUAAGACUGUAUAUAAUUUCGGUCGACUAGAACCAACUCAACCAAUUAAUAAUUCUAUCAUACAAGAAGAAGAAGAACAACAACAACAACUGUCACCACUUCCUCUCAUUCCACUUGAAGAAUUAGUUAGAAAUCGUUUAAGUGAAGAUCAAUUACGUCUGUUUGAUAAUGGUCGUUUAUAUCGAAAUUAUCAACGUGGUCAACCUUCUCAACGUCUCUAUAUAAAAAAUAUUGAUAUAAAAAAUGUUAACGAACGUAUCUUACACUCUCUAUAUGAUCGUUAUAGACAAAAUUCUUUUGAAAUUGAUAUACAUCUUAUGCGUGAAGGUAAAAUGAAAGGUCAAGCAUUUGUAACAUUUCCUAAUGAAGUAAUGGCUUUAAAUGCAUUAAAUGAUACAAAUGGUUUUAUCUUACAUGAAAAACCAAUUGUUGUUCAAUUUGCGAGAACAGCAAAACCAAAAGACAUUAUUUGA